AUGGCUCCUAAAAAAGCUGAACCGAAGAAGGAGGCAGCAAAACCAGUGCCUCCUCCCGAACAAGAGAAACCCAGGGAGCCUCAAUUUGACCCAAAAAGCAUUAAGGUUGAGUUUACAGCUGAUCAGAUUGAAGAAUUUAAAGAGGCCUUCAUGCUAUUCGACAGAACACCAUCUGGUGAAAUGAAGAUCACUUACGCCCAGUGUGGUGAUGUCAUGAGGGCGCUGGGUCAGAAUCCUACAAAUGCAGAGGUGCUCAAAGUACUUGGCAAACCCAAACCUGAGGAAAUGAACACCAGGCUGAUUGACUUUGAGACUUUUCUGCCUAUGUUCCAACACGUGUCCAGGUCCAAAGAUCAAGGCACUUUUGAAGACUUUGUUGAGGGCCUGCGAGUGUUUGACAAAGAAGGAAACGGCACUGUAAUGGGUGCUGAACUUCGCCAUGUACUUGCAACGCUGGGUGAGAAAAUGACAGAAUCAGAGGUAGAACAGCUCAUGGCAGGACAGGAAGAUGGAAACGGCUGUGUCAACUAUGAAGCGUUUGUUAAACACAUCAUGGCUGGAUAAACGAAAGAGCUCAGAUCAGGCACUACUGUCUCAACAGUCCUUCAGCCCAGCUCUACGUUCUCUAAUG